UCUUUCCAUGUUUUUCUCAUGCAUCACGGAAGAUGACUAAUAUCUUCAGAGAAUAUUUAGCACAGAAUCUGCGGAAACCUGGAAGUGGCUUCUUUGGUUGGUAUGUUACGAAGAAUAUCUUUUUGAGACGAAAUGUGGUUUUAGAAGAAAGUGCUGUAAAACUGUGUCAGAUUGAACCACACUACGAUGUUUUAGAGGUUGGGUUCGGACCAGGAGUUGGACUAGAAGCUGCUUGUAAAUAUGUAACGGAUGGCAAUGGUAAAAUAUAUGGUAUAGACUUUUCUGAUAAAAUGGUUUCACUAGCCAAAAGCCGACUAGCAAAGAAAAUACAUGAUGGGAAAGUCUGCAUUCGAAAAGGAAAUGUUCUCGAUCUUCCUUUCAAAAAUGACACGUUUCACAGAGUGUUCCAUUGUAAUUAA